AUGGUGUACAUCCCUCCUCCCCAAUCUGCGGGCCCUUCGACGACCUCUUACGCAGAGGCGUACCAAAAGAUUUUGGCGUCGUAUCGCCAGUCGCCCCUGACCACCGCCUCGUCCGUUGUACUACUUGUGGCCACCGACGUAGACGCCCUAUGCGCCGCAAGAAUGCUCGCCGAUCUGUUCAAACAGGACGACCUGAGCUACAGUAUUAUACCUGUGUCAGGGAUGUCAGAGUUUGGCCAGCGGGUCAAUGAGCUUCGUGCUUACCCAAUGCUUCAUACAAUCGUCCUGUUGAACAUGGGCGGCGUGAUAGAUUUGACGCAAGAAGCCUUUUUUGGUUCGUUUGAAACAUCGGUCACGAUUCAUGUCAUCGACUCCAUGCGGCCUCUGAAUCUGCACAACCUCUUCUCGGGGGGCGAGAAUGCUGAAAGGGUAAUAAUUUGGGAUGAUGGCGAAGCGGAUAAACUUGUGGAGGAACGCAAGGCUCUCCAGGUUAUUACUUACACUCCAAUUCCUGACUCAGAUGACGAGGAAGAGGACGACUUCUCUGGAGACGAAGAGCAGUCUGGGGACGAGGAUGAGGGGGAUGAUUACGAAGAGGACAGCGAGCGGCCACGCAAACGUCGGUCAAUAGGCGAUGGCGAGCGACGUUCAGGGAAGCGACGGCAGAUCUCGCAAGUGCACCGUGAUGAAUACGAACGACACGUAUCGCGCGUGGAUAAAUAUGGGCUUUCCGGUUUAUCGCACGGCCAAAGUGCUGCUUGCACGAUAUACAUCCUGGCGAAUGUACUUGAACGUGUCGAUAACGAUAUCCUUUGGUUCGCCAUAUUAGGUCUCACUUUCCAGUACACAACUUCCCGAAUAUCCCGCGAAUACUACGAAAGCUACCACUCGAUCUAUAACGACGAAGUAUCCCGUCUGAACCGGCCGCAGGCGGGGGAUGUUAGCCAUCACGCACUGAACACAAUCAACCCAGAUGAUUUAGACGUUCGCGCUACGGAUGAGCUGAGAUUCACCCUGUUCCGCCACUGGAAUCUCUACGACGCGAUGUUCCAUUCCAGUUAUGUAGCGAGCAAACUGGGGAUAUGGAAGGAACGUGGACGGAAACGGUUAACUGGGCUGCUUGCUAAGAUGGGAUUCUCUAUACCCCAGACACAGCAACCGUACUACCAUAUGGAUAUGGACCUCAAGAAACAACUCAUUUCUCAACUCAACACUGUUGCUCCGGAGUACGGCCUCGUCGAAUUAUCAUAUCCGUCCUUCAUGCGUUGUUACGGAUACAGGUCACAACCGUUAUCAGCGGCGGACGCAGUGGAGGGCAUUGGCGCCCUUCUAGAUGUGGCGGGUGGGAUAAGAAUCGAGGUUGAGGUGGAAGGCGCCCGAAAUGGAGGGGAAUGGUUUGGUGGAGGAAGGGUUUGGGAGACGAAUGGAGCGAAGGAAAAUGCCAGACGGAGGAAAGUUGAAGAGAGAGAGAAUGCGAAUGACGAUGGUCAAGAUGACUCGGAUGAACAAGCCGGGGCAUUGGAUGAAGAGUGGUGGGUAAAGAACUUCUGGACGGCGUACGAUGCGUUGACAGACAUAUCGGCACUUCGGGAAGCGCUAUUACUGUCAAUGUCUCUUCAUCGGGCAAUUAUCCGUCAAGGUACUUCGAUCAUUGACAAACAAGACAUACGGACCAUGCGCAACUAUCGCAUCGUUACCCUGACGCAAGGACCCGACCUCGCUCUGUUUGCUCAUCCAGGUGUCCUUACGCGGCUGGCACUUUGGUUAAUCGAUGCACUGCGAGAUCGCCUACCAGCGACUACGCUCAGUGGCCGCUCCAAAAGAAAGGGCCUACCCCUAGUAGUGGCUUGUUUGAACGAGGCAACAGAAAGUUACAUUGUGGUGGGUAUGAUGGCUGCUCUUGAUUACGGUAACAUACGGAAGAACCAAUUCGGUUUGGCCUUCAUUGAUGCUGUGGAACGGACAAAUGCGAGGGGCCAAUACGCGACAUUCCACUCCAAUGUAUUUGAAAUCGCUCAGACGGACCUGCAAAUUUUCCUAGAGGCACUCUGCGAGGCGGAAUGA